GGACUAGCCUGUCACCAAGGCUCCCAAGAGCUCUGUGCUAGGUCCCCGUUACAGGGCUUUGUGACGUGUAGGGGAUACAGCUCUCAUGGCUGCAGCCAGUGUGACACCCCCUGGCUCCCUAGAUCUGCUGCAGCCCGGCUUCUCCAAGACCCUCCUCGGGACCAAGCUAGAGGCCAAGUAUUUGUGCUCUGCCUGCAGAAAUGUCCUACGGAGGCCCUUCCAGGCCCAGUGUGGCCAUCGCUACUGCUCAUUCUGUCUAACCAGCAUCCUCAGCAGCUCUGGGCCUCAGAAUUGUGCUGCCUGUGUUCAUGAGGGCAUAUAUGAAGAAGGCAUUUCUAUUUUAGAAAGCAGUUCGGCUUUCCCAGAUAAUGCUGCCCGCAGGGAGGUGGAGAGCCUGCCGGCCGUCUGUCCCAAUGAUGGGUGCACUUGGAAGGGGACCCUGAAAGAAUAUGAGAGCUGCCACGAAGGACUCUGCCCCUUCCUUCUGACUGAGUGCCCUGCGUGUAAAGGCCUGGUCCGCCUURGGGAGAAGGAGCGCCACGCGGAACAGGAAUGCCCAGAGAGGAACCUGAACUGCCAGCACUGCCAGGAGCCUUGUGGCCAUGCUGACCUGGAGGCACACCAUGAAGUCUGCCCCAAGUUCCCUUUGACCUGUGAAGGCUGUGGCAAAAAGAAGAUCCCUCGGGAGAAGUUUCAUGACCACGUCAGGACGUGUGGCAAGUGCCGGGUCCCCUGCAGAUUCCAUUCUGUUGGCUGCCCUGAGAUGAUGGAGGCUGAGGAGCUGCAGGAGCAUGAGGCACAUCAGCUGCGGGAGCAUCUGGCCCUGGUGCUGAGCUCCCUCCUGGAGGCACAGACUCUCCCUGGGGGACAGAACCAGGUGGGACCACAGCUGCUGCAGCGGUGUCAGACCCUGGAGCAAAAGACGGCCACCUUUGAGAACAUCGUCUGUGUCCUGAACCGAGAGGUGGAGAGGGUGGCUGUGACUGCUGAGGCCUGCAGCCGGCAACACCGGUUAGACCAGGACAAGAUUGAAGCCCUGAGUAACAAGGUGCAGCAGCUGGAGAGGAGCAUUGGCCUGAAAGACCUGGCCAUGGCUGACCUGGAGCAGAAGGUCCUGGAGUUGGAGGCAUCCACCUACGAUGGGGUCUUUAUAUGGAAGAUCUCAGACUUUGCCAGGAAGCGCCAGGAGGCUGUGGCUGGCCGUACACCUGCCAUCUUCUCCCCAGCCUUCUACACCAGCAGGUAUGGCUACAAGAUGUGUCUUCGAGUCUACCUGAACGGUGAUGGCACCGGGAGAGGAACACAUCUGUCUCUCUUCUUUGUGGUGAUGAAAGGCCCCAAUGAUGCCCUCCUGCGGUGGCCCUUCAACCAGAAGGUGACGUUGAUGCUGCUGGACCAGAACAACCGGGAGCACGUGAUCGAUGCCUUCAGGCCCGACAUAACCUCAUCCUCCUUCCAGAGGCCAGUCAGCGACAUGAACAUUGCCAGUGGCUGCCCCCUCUUCUGCCCUGUGUCCAAGAUGGAGGCCAAGAAUUCCUACGUGCGAGAUGAUGCCAUCUUCAUCAAGGCCAUUGUGGACCUGACUGGGCUGUAGCCACCCCUCAGCAGGUGCAGGAGCUCAGUGAGGAGCUGACACGCUGGUCAAGAGCCCUGCUGUGCAGGGCAGGCAGUCUGGGUGUAGGUGCUGGGGAGGCCUCAGCCUGCAGCCAUGCUCACUGUCACAUGAGGAAGGAGCUGUUGGCCAGUCCUCAGCUGGCAGAGACUGGAGAGACCCUGGAUGGCUCACCCCAGGUUCCUGGUGGGAUUGGCCAGAGCUCUUCUGAUUCCCAUCAGAACUGCCCUCACUGUUUUCUGUGUAGUGUGGGGAGAGUUCCUGGGUGGGGUGCCCAGAGAGGAGCUUCAGAGCUGUCUGAGCCACAGGAGUGUGGUGGGUGGCCUGGUGCCUUUGGUGUAGUCAUCAGAAAGGAGGUGUGAUCUAAGCUGGGAGAAGGGCCUCUGUCUGCAGAGUGUGGCCCGGAAGAGAAAGGGUGCUCAGAACCCAGGUGCUCUUAGGACAGGAGCCCAUCUGUGCUGGCCAGGCUGAGAAGCGGUGUCUAGCCCCGCCCCAUGUUGGCUACACCAUCAGGCUAAGGAGAAAUCACUAUUAAACUGUUCAGACCUCUGUGGUGAGUUGUGUCCAUCUGGCUUCAGAUUGCCUGUGGCUUCCGCCUGGGCAGUGGUGACCCUCUGGAGCCUUCUUCUUUUCCCAUGGGCCUUUUCUAACAACUGGGGCUGCUUUCCCUGCUGCUAGCUCCCCAGAGAUUCCCGUGAGGCAAGGGCCCAUGUGACCACCCCAUCCUGGGCCUGGCUGUGGUAGGGCAAAGGAGUAGACCCUUGGCCUCCCUGCAUGUAGGGAGCCACUCAAGGAUCCUGGCCUGGCUUGUUCCCAGGACUGUGUGGGUGGGGUGUGGGUGUGGGUGCUCGCUUAGUCCCAGGCUGUGCCACCAGGCUCGCUGGUGUGUUAACCGCUGGGAGGAAGUGUGACCUCCUUCACCCCUCCCACUGGGUGUUUUGAGAUGUCACUGGGUAGAAAGGCACCAAGCAAGUGAGGGUGAGCACCAGGACUGCUUGGGUGGGAUGUGCUGUCAUGUACAUGCUUGUCACUCAUUCUGCCUGGGUUUCUGAGCUCUAUCUCUGUAUUUCUGAGAGUGUUAUGUUUUACAGUGUGUAGAAAGUGCCCUGAGAUGUGGGCAGGUGGCUGGCUUUUUCACUCACCUGUCAGAGGCCCCUCGUGUGGUGGCUUGCUGGGCACGUCCCACUGCUAUGUGGUGUGUAGCUGGAGGACACAACUUGGUCCUUUGUCCUGAGACCAUGUCUUUGAAUAUUGAUGACUGUAAGCAUCAGCACAGACCUGGCCACCUUCUGUGGACCUUGAAAGUUGGGCCACGGGGUCUCCCCUUCUUAGCUGCUGCUGACCUGCUCUGGGGCAGGUGCCCACACGUUUGUCCCUGCAGUGUUUCAUGUUGUCAGACUUUGCCGUGUGUGGACAGUCCAUCCUAAUGCACAUUUCCUGACACAGUAGGGUCAGGCCUCCCUCCCUAUUAGGUUCAUUGUUCAUUUGGGAUUCCCCUACAGGAAUUGUUAGUUUGUGUCUGGGUCCACUGUUCUACUGGGAUGUUGACCUGGUUUCCUCCUCCUCUCCCUGGAUACCAGUCCUUGGUUUGAAAUGUUUGUGUGAAACUUAAAAUUUUAGAUAGGCUCAGUUGAAUAUUGGUUUUAAAGUCUUGUUUUGUGUCUUGGUACCUGGGAUUUACCCAGGAGUGCUUUAUUCUGAGGUACAUCCCUAGACCUUUUUACUUUUCAAGAAAAGGCCUUGCUAAGUUSCUGAGACUGGCCUCAGGCUUGCAGUCCUCCUGUCAGCCUCCUGAGUUACUGAAUCACAGGCAAAGUUUUGUUUUAAUAUAGUGGGUUUCUAUGUUUGGGGAUUUGUUUAUCUGUAAUGUAUACUCUUUUUUAUUAUUAUUAUUUUUUUAGUUGUUGAUAGACCUUUAUUUUUUUAAAUUUAUAUGAGGUACUUGCAAA